CCAUGCUCUGUGUCAAAAAUAACAGUCCUCUAAGAUAAAAAAGACUAUUUAUCCACGGAUUGCCGACCUUUUUCUGCAUUGAAUGUUUUCCCGACAUUGAUCCCUUUCAUAAAAUCUCACAUACCCAACAAUUUACAACCGCUUCAAUUAUCAUUGGCAUUAGGUGAGCUAAUCCUUAAAGCUAGGCUUUAUAUUUUCAUGUUACAAAAUCAUACAGCUGACCUCAGUACAGGAGUCCAUGCAGCAUCAUAUUUCUGGUCAACUUGGAGGGAUAACAAAGUCUUUCAAGAAAUUCUCUUUAUUCUAAUAAUUCACCCAUGUCCUCUGCUCAUUUUAUAGUGUUGGGAAGUUUCAACAUGUUGUGUGCAUUGGUAAGAGAGAAAGUUCACAUGGAUAUAUCAUGGAAACAAUGCAGUGGAAUGGAAGUUUUCUUGUUUGAUUCAUGUAUGUGUUGUUUUUAGAAUUCUACCUAAAGUGGGUAUUCAGUGCUUUCGGAUCUUUCAUGUGUUUUUGUCUUCCAUUGCCAGUCCCUUUAUUAGCAUAAAUUUUGCCAAAAAAUCAGGUCCUGCACUGGAACAUAAUUAACGUAGUUUUUUUUGUUUUCAUGUUGUUGGCAUUGAUUCUAAAUUCUAGAUUCCAACAAUGCUGGAGUCCGGUGGAGUUUGUUGGUCUGUCUGCCAUGGUGCAGUACCAAUCUUUAGACCUCUGCUGUAACUUUUUUGUUAAAAUUCCUUGUUGAGGCUAGUUUCUUGGCAGCAAAUACUUGAUUCCUGAUUUUGUACAGAACCCAAUUGAACAUGGACACAAGUUUACUUGCAGCUUGGGAUACUUGGUUGCCAAGAACUGCGGGAUACUACCACAUUCAGUAAGUGGGUAUUUUGAUUCUAGUAAUUAAUGUUCAUGAUGUUCUGUCUCUGCCAUAUUAGUCCUUUCACAGCUUUGAAAUCUUCCAGUCCUCUGUCCAGUUAAGAAAUCUUGGCCUUAUGCCAGGAAAUAUAUAUAAUAUGGGAGACUCAAUCUGCUACAUUUGUUGAGAUAGUAGAUAAAUUGCCGUUGCAAUGACUGGCAUGUCUCAUUUGCCAAAUGGUUGUCCCUUUAGACCAGGCCUAGGAUGGUGGUGUCUUUGUUUAGUACUAAAUUACAUAUUCUGUUCAGUUUCUGGAGUGAAUCAAGAGGGGCUGGUUCUGCUUGCAUUCAAAUACUCUGUCACGAAUGAUCCCCUUUCUGCCCUAGGGGACUGGAAUAUUGAUGACUCAACACCCUGUGGUUGGAAUGGUGUGACGUGCACGCAGAUUCCUGGAAGUAAUGAGUCCCGAGUCAUCAGUGUUGUUCUACCCCAGAGCCAGCUAGUGGGUUGGAUACCACAAGAACUUGGGUGCCUUGAGAACCUUCGUCACCUCGACCUUUCUGGCAAUGAGAUCAAUGGAACAAUUCCCGCUGAGCUCUUCAAUGCAACGGAUAUAUCGAAGCUUGUCCUCGCCAAUAAUGCAAUAUCUGGUGCCCUGCCUUCUGAAGUAAAGCAGCUGAAAGGGUUACAGUAUCUUGACCUGUCAAGCAAUGCUCUCACAGGAAUCAUCCCUCAAAGUAUCACAGAAUUGAAAGAACUGAAAGGCAUCUCUCUGAAAAACAACUAUUUAUCUGGACCCGUUCCUUCAGGUCUUGGAUCAUUAGGAGCUCUUGAAGCCCUGGAUUUCUCUUCAAAUCUCCUUAAUGAGUCCAUCCCACCUGAUCUUGGCUACUUAUCUAGUCUCCAAUAUUGUCUCAACCUGUCUGGAAAUAGGCUUUCUGGUAAUAUACCUCUAACUUUAGGGCAACUUCCUACAAAUGCAAGUAUAGACCUCUCACACAAUAAUUUGACUGGACAAAUUCCACGGGUUGGGUUUUUUUUGAGUCAGAAAUCUGGUGCUUUUGUUGGCAAUCCUGGUCUCUGUGGUCAGCCGCUUACCAAAUUAUGUUUUGUUCCUUCUAGUGGCUCUGAUCCUCCAAAAAUCAGCUCACCGUCUGCAGUUGCAGCUAUGCCUGUCCUUGAAAAACACAAAACCUUAAGCAAAGGCACAAUAAUUGCUAUUGUGCUUGGCGACCUUGCUGGAAUAAGCCUUGUUUGUGCAGUUGUCAUGUAUCGAUACUGGAGCACAAAACAGAAGAAGGAAGCAAAGGAUGAACCUAAUUGCAGGAGUGUUCAAAUGGAUGAUAAUGGAGAUUAUUCUUCUAGCUCUGGUAGAGUUGGUUGGCUCUGCCUUAGAAAGGUUGAAGAGACUUCGGAAGGGAGUAGCUCGGAAAAUGGAGAUCAACAGCAAGGAAAUUUGGUGUCACUAGAUGGCGAUCUAGACUUGGACCUUGAUAAACUACUUCGCGCUUCUGCUUAUAUAUUGGGUGCCACUGGAUACACUAUAUUAUACAAGGCAGUUCUAGAAGAUGGCAUGACAUUUGCAGUGAGAAGGCUUGGUGAGGGUGGUUUGGGAAGUUUCAGGGAUUUUGAAGUAGAAGCUAAAGCAAUUGGUAGAAUUAAACAUCCAAACAUUGUUCGCCUCAGAGGCUACUACUGGGGCAUAGAGGAGAAGCUGCUGAUUUAUGACUACAUUCCAAAUGGAAGCUUGGCAAAUGCCUAUUAUGGAAGAUCAUCAGCCUCUCCCUUUUAUCUGCCAUGGGCUGCAAGGAUAAAAAUUGCUAAGGGAGUGGCUAGAGGCCUGGCUUACUUGCAUGAAAAGAAGCAUGUUCAUGCAAAUCUCAAGCCCAGCAACAUCCUUCUGGGGUUUGACAUGGAACCAUUCAUUGCAGAUUUCGGGUUGUACAGGGUAUUAGACACGGCCAAUGUCAAAUAUAGUAGCUCAGCUAUUUAUCUAAGAAACUUUGAAGGUGCACUUUCAGGAAGCAAGCGGUCAACAGGCUCAAGAGAUAGCUUGCAGACAACACCUGAAAUGCUGGGCAGUCCAAGCACAUCAAGAAAUUUUGUAUCUCCAUACCAAGCUCCCGAGGCAUUGAAAACUCUUAAACCCAAUCAGAAGUGGGAUGUUUAUUCUUUUGGGGUUAUUUUUCUGGAAAUGCUCACAGGGAAACCACCUUCUGAGAAAGAUUUUGCAACAUGGGGUCAAAGUUUUCUUGAUGAGAAGCAGCGGAUUUUGCGUAUUAUUGAUCCAACUCUUCGAUCAGAGGUGGAAGGGAAGGAAGAAAUAUCAACCUCUCUAAGGAUUGCAUUCAAUUGUUGUUCACCUUCCCCACAGAAGAGACCAGCAAUGAAGGAGGUAUUGCAGUUUCUAGAAAAAAUACCUUCACUAUCUUCAUCAACAAUUUCAUCAGAUUAACCAAUUCUUUCUGACUUUGUACCAUCCUUGUAUUAACAUAAGUGAAGAAUCUGAUGAGGGCACACUCUGGAUUCCACCUUCAACAACUUUACUCGAGUAUAAGUAGCAUAGAGUUACACACCAGUAUUAUUGGCUGUUGGCAAACAUUUAUGAUGGAUUAAGAUGAUCUGCUUCUCAAGGAAAGGCCAGAACAUGAACUAACAUUUCAAUAUUUUUGCUCUGGAGGCAAGUUCUCAGUUUUCUGGGGAAAAUAAUAGAUGGGGGUAAAUUGCUGUUGCAGGCGGCGGACUAAUCACAGAGUUACUGAAGUUGAACCAGCUUGAUCUCUUGAGUACAACUGAUGGACAUUAUUGCCCGUGAUUAGUCACAUGGAAAUAAGUGACAUGAAAAUAAGUGACAUUAUAAUUGUAUAAUUAUCCAGCAGAAUGUCUAAUUAUUUGAUUUGAAAGCAUUUGAAUGCUGUUUUUAUCUUGACAUACAGUAAGUUAUUUCUUACUGCUUGGACAUUAGAACAGAGUGGAUUACAAUAUGUAGAAAAUGUGUGAAGUCAA